AUGGCUAUUUUGGAGACCCGAAUGUCAAAGCCACCAUCGACCUCCGAACUGCCAGGAACUCCGAUAACAUGCGCAGAAACAAGGGGUAGAAUACUCAAGAAAGUUAGAGAACUGUGCGGAUGGGAGAAUAGGACCUUUCCAGGCUCUCAGCCAGUAUCACUGUGCAGGGACUCACUUCCGCUACUCUUCCGUAGCGAGUAUGUCGUAUGCGAGAAAUCGGAUGGGAUAAGGUCGUUACUACUUUCUGCUUCUGGAUCGAUAUUUCUCAUUGGAAGACUGGAGGAAGUACACCAAAUCAACAUGAAACUGCCGCUUAGAGGCAACCCAUCGGAAUUCCAGCAACUUACACUACUUGAUGGAGAAGUUGUCAAUGACAAGUACACAGUAGACGGAGUGGUCAAGUAUCGCCGUCGGUACCUUUGCUAUGAUGCAAUCUGCAUUCACAAAAACUCUCUCAAACAUUUAAACCUAUUGGAGCGCCUCUCCAUGGCUUAUACUGACAUUAUGGUCCCGCUGGUUGCGAGUAAAGUGGCCAGUGCUCCAGAUGAUGAAUCGCAAAAUUAUCUUGAAAUUUACCUGAAGGACUUUUUCGAUAUUACCCAAAUCACACACAUUGACAAAUUCUCAAACAAACUUCCUCACAUAACUGAUGGACUCAUUUUUACACCGGUGCGAGUUCCGUAUACUCCGGGGACGUGCAAGAGCCUGCUGAAAUGGAAACCACCGCAUUUAAAUACAGUUGACUUUAGCAUUGAUGUUCUCUUUGAUAGUACGAAGCGUCCAAGACUAGUAGAACUCUAUGUAUCAAAAGAUGGAGCUCGUAGCUCAUACAAGGAGUUUCUUGCUCCGUAUGGAGCAAUCUAUAGUCGCAUUUUAAAGCAGGCAAUUACCGAACAAGUUGGUCAAAUCAUUGUAGAAUGCUCUUGGAUAUCGGAUUCCCGCGUUUGGACCUUUGUGCCAAAUCUAAAGCACUCGGAUCCUCGCGCUGCUGGCGGUAGUGAGAGCGUCUUGGACUUUGACAAUGGAGUCUGGAUGCAAGGAGGAUGGUAUGCAGAGAGGAUUAGAGAGGACAAGAAACACCCAAACAAUAUUUCCGUCGUGAAUAGCGUGAAGAUGAGCAUAGAAGACGACAUCACCUUUGAGAUGCUGGUGGAUGAAAUUGAAAUGUUCAAAAAGAAUGGAAAAGUACCGCUCUAUAACAAGUGUGUACUGCCGAAAAACUAUAGCAUUGUACAAUGA